ACGUGCGCGCGGUAUAUCGAAAAUUGGUUUCACGCGCCGUUUAUUUUAAAUUGCCACCUCAAAAUGCUGAAACCAGCGAGAAAACCACUUGUAAACCCUACAGCCACUACAGACAGUGAUAGCGAUUCCCUGCCAGACGAUAACAGUGAAGGCAAUGAGUUUCUCUCCGACGAAGAAUACCCAAUGUCGGAGGACGAUGGUAGCGUGGAGCUCGACGAUGGCAAUGAUGAAGCUGCUGAAGAAACAGAACAGCCCGAUGAACCCACUAAAUGGGCCAAGGCUAUGGCAAAAUUUUUGCGCAAGACCAUCGAUGGAAAGAUUCUCUCCAAAGCGAUCACAGAUGAGCAGAAGGAGCGCAAGAAAAAUGAGCCGAAAAAGCACGAAUUUGAUGUGGUUUCUGCCGAAGGUACAGUGAAGCAAGAAUCCACCACAAAGACAGAAGAGGAAGAUAAGCCGAGUGAUUUAAAGCUAGCACAAGAGUUGCUGCGGCAAAAAGCGUUACUCAAGAAGGAACGCCAAAAGGAUAUUCUAGGACUUCGCAUGAAACCCACGAUUCACGAUUACGAGCGUGAACGGACUUUGCGCAAGGUAGCCACCCGAGGAACGGUGCAACUGUUUAAUGCCGUGCGUACCCAGCAGAAAAAUGUUGGCAAACGGUUGGAAGAAGCCGGCAAACUGGAGUACAAACGCGAGAAGGUUCUUAAAAGUCUCAACAAAAAGGAAUUCCUCGACGUGCUCAUGAAUGGGCCACGCGCCAAGUCAGAGCUGGUGGACAAUCUGGUCAAGAAGGAGGAAGAAGAUGACGUCAAGUCAGAAGUAGACUCAGACGAGGAACCGAAAUCCACGUGGGGUGCCUUGCGAGCCGAUUUUCUAACAGGGAAGAAAUCGGGAUGGGACAAAGAAGACGAGGAAGAAGACAGCAAGGUUCCGGACGACCUGGACGACGCGAUGGGGUCGAGCUCGGAUAUGGAUUAG